UCCAGGCACACAGACUGGGUAUAAAUACAGGUUCCAUCCUUUUCCAAAUCAAACUGUUUGCUCAUCCUCUCUGCAUCAGGCAUCACUACAGCAAAGAUGGCAUCAGGAUUUCGCUUGGCUUUCAUCCUCUGUUUGGCCGGCGUACUGUUGAUUUCAGAAACUUGGUCCUGCAGUCAAGGCUGUCCUUCAGGUUGGACUCGUUAUGGCUCUCGCUGUUUUCGCGUUGUGACCGCUCGAAGGAAUGUGGCUACUGCAGAGCGCACCUGCAUUGCUCUUGGUGGGAACCUGGCCUCAAUCCACAGCUCCGGUGAAAACAAUUUCGUUAGGGGCCUGAUUUUCCGAAGGUAUCGCUCAUAUCCAAGAACCUGGAUUGGGUUGACUGAUGCAAUACAGGAGAGAAUCUGGAUGUGGACGGAUGGUUCGAGGGUUCGCUUUGCCCGCUGGGGUCGUCGCGAGCCUAACAACAGUGGAAAUGAAGACUGCACCGAAAUUAACUUUAGAAGAUACUAUUGGAAUGACGAGAAAUGUCACAACAGGAGGCCUUUCGUUUGUGCCAGGAGACGGUGAUACAUCCCGCCAUCUGCUGUCAUAUUUACCAUUACGAGACCACUUCCGCUAUGACGACGUUACUUCGCUAAAAGCCAACAUGCUCUAAUGCUUCACUUCCAAUUUAAUGCCUCCAUAUCAGUAAAUAUCUCUCCUGAUUAUUCAUUAUGAAUAGAAUAAACCUGACAUCAUAUCAUAAUAAGUAAACUGAUUGAACUGUGAUUAAAAAAUAGGCUUUUUAUGACGGUGGGGGGAUUAUGUUUUUUGUGAUUCUUUUAUUUACUGGCAUAUAUUAACACAAUUUAAUAUGGGUGACAAGAAAAUCAAUAUGUAAACGAACUACAAUGAAAUAAAAUAAUCUGAUAGCAUAA